AUGAACUCCAGUGAUAGGACAGAAGACUUGGCCUCAUUGUUCUUGCCAGACUCGCUUCAACAUACACCUCAACCACCGACAACGCCUGCUACUGCUUCUACUAUGACUGAAAGGCUAGUUGACACAUCCAACUACUUGCUUCCCAAAGAUAAUACCGGGUCCACUUCAUUGCCAAACAACACCAGUUACCAAGACUUUCUUAAUAAUAACAACUUCAUCAACAGACCUACAGGAGAUGAACAAGAGCAACUGAUUUCUCAUGUCAAUCACUAUGCACCAUAUCUUCCCUACGACGCCAACUUCAUGGCACAUUAUCCAAGUUUUCACAAUCCAAUGUACCCAUACUUUCAAGAAGAUAUACAACCGUAUAAUGCAUUCGCACAAAGUGAACCGUUACAAAGGAACCAGCAAUAUGAAAUGGACUUGCCGCUCGAGGAAGAAGUUAAGGAACCCGUUAGCCCGAAAAAGAAACCCAAGGGAAAGAAACGUGAUCUUAAGCAUGCUCUAGUGGAGAUAGACUACAAGCCAGCGAAAUUGAAAAAGCUUUUGGAUCUAACACCCUCGGGAGCAACCAGUAUAAAUGAUUACAAGAUUAUCGACAAUAACAACAAGGAAGUAUCGGUUGAGUUUAGUGGGUUUCUUAAUGGAAAAUUUUUUACCAAUGAUAUUGAUAAUAACAACUACUUGUUUACGAAAAAUGAGCUACAAAAGGAAGAAAGUAAGCCCCUCGAAGACCCAAAAAUUGUGUCUUGCUACAGGCGAAAUUAUAUUCAAGUGUUAAUUAACAUGAGACUUGCUGGCGUCACCAAUGAUUUUAAAUUGCUCAAGUUGCAAACAAGUGAGUACGGGUACUCUACAACAAGGGUUAUAAAAUAUUUCAGAAUUGAGAUCCAAGCUGUGACAAAUAUCUCCAAUUCCAAGAAUGUCCCCAUUGUUGUGAAAGAUUAUGAAAAGGAAGUGAUGAAGCAUGAACCAAAGGAUGACAUUGUUCAGCCAAUAAGUAUAGGUGCGGAGCACGUUGUUGUCUUAAAUGAAUCAGGAGCCAACAAUGAAUUGGACAAAUACUUUGCCGUAAAGAAGCUACAGUUUAAGAAUGCCACACCAAACAAUGGUAAUCUCACUUUUCAAAACUAUUAUCACUUGAAGGCGAAAUUGAGCUGUGUGGUUGCUGAUAUCUACUACGACGACUACGUUGAUGACAUGGCUGAUCUCAACAACAGUGGAAACACCAAUGAGUUUCUACUUGCUGAGUUGGUGAGUGAACCAAUCAUCGUUCGUGGAAGGAAUCCCAACUUUUAUGCCGAAAGGAAGGAUGUUUUGAUACGGUGUCGUCCAUACUUGUCGAAAAAGAGCUACCAAUUGGCUACAGAACUGGCACGAGACAAGCAAGAGGAGGAAGAGGAGCAUGUUAGUCUAGAGUCAACUGAAGAUGAUAUCGAUGACCAAUUGGAUGAAGGACAUGUAUCACCCACUGAUAAACCAAAACAAACAAACUUAACCAGUUCUGACAUUGAUUUGAACGAAAUUGAUGGAUAUAAAUACUACCCUAUUUCCAGUCAUUACUAUCUUCCGCCAGUGAAUGUGGUCUAUUUUCCCCACCGUGCCCACCAUCCGAUUGAAAAAGACGAUUGUGAAUCGGCCGUGGAGCCAGUGGUACAUAGGAAAAGCUCAAAUGUGUAUUUUAAAUAG